CUCAAGUGGAGCCCAAAUAUCCCAGACUGAGAAGAUCCAGGAAUAUCGGAAGAGCCUUCUGUGAUUCAAACGGAGGAUCCUGACGAUCCACCACCUACCAACACCGGAAUGGGUGAGAGACACACCCAAGAAGAAGGACAGGUCUCUUAUCACCAACAGACUCAGGAACUUGUGGAAGAAAAAGCAAAACCACCCAGCAUCCGUUCUAAUGAUCCGAGUGUGCAGUCAACAUUCGCCACAGUCCCAGAUGACCUGAGUAUUGGGACGGCAGCAACUGUACAAGAAGAAUCAUCUGAGAUUCAAUGGCAUAAAUCUUCCAUUGAUUCAACUCAGUUUCAUAAGGAUGUUAAGGCCCUUAUCUCAAAACAUAAUAAGAGCAGAGAUCCUAAAAAAUAUGUUGUAUUUUGGAGGGAAAUCAGUGAUGAGUUAAUAAAAAUAAAUCCCAUAUAUAAACAGUUCAGUCAUAUGCAGAUAAGAGACAGAUAUAAGUAUAUCAACAGGUCACUUAAAGACAUGAAGAAAUAAAGCAUGUUAAGUUUCUUUUUCAUAGUGUUAAGGUUAUAUUCUUUUUCAUAGUGUUAAGGUUAUAUUUCACUCAUCUG